CGAGUACUCACUGGGUUUUUACAGAGUAACUGAGUAUUGGCCUCACUCACCGAGUCGAGUGAAAGGUUCAGCUACUCACCCAGCUGAGUAACCCACUGAGUGAGUGAGCCGAGUAUUGGGCGAGUAGUGCGCAGCCUAGUCAUACGACACAAGCAAAGCCAUGAAGACGGUCUCGGAGAUCCAAGCACCGGCCACCACCGCUGCAUCACAGGCUUCGGCUCCAACUCCAACUCCAGGUCCAGUCGGCAAUGCUAAGACCACCGGCUCGCCAUCAAAGCUGACAAUGUCAUCGCCAUCGCAGUCCAUCGAACACGGAGCAAUCCACCGCCGACUCGCCCUCACAAUUGACGACCAACCCAACAUCGAGCACGGAUAAACCCAGCACACCUUCGAAGGGAAGCUCAGCAAGUGACUCCGGCGCCACAACAGCCCCCGUAGCAACCACAUCGUCAAGCCCCAAUAACACAGGCGCCAUAGUCGGCGGCGUCGUCGGCGGCAUCGCCGUUAUCUGCAUCAUCGUCUUUGGCCUCCUCUUCCUGCGAAGACAAAAGCGCAACCGCAAGCUCCCGUUACCAAUAACGAAUCGUCGAUUUGUAAUUUCUACUUCUUCAACGCCCAUAAGAGACGGGAACAGGAGGUGGCUUCCGGGCCUGUCUAUGAGAAGGAGGGCAGUGGUAUGGCUCGCGAGUUGGAGGCGAAUGCGGCUGGUGGGAAGGGAAAUCACGCGGUGCCUUAUGAUCCUGUUGAGUUGCCAGUCGGCUCGAAUUAAUACCCAUGAUAAGUUUCGGAUGGGAAGGGAGUUGGAGGUGACUUGGGACGGUUGUAAUGGAUUUAUUUAACGAUAUAACAUGACCCGUAAGGUAUAAAUUGAUAGCCAUGGCCAUAUACAUAUAUAAUUGCAUCACCUCUCAUUUUCACCUCUGUGCAUGAGUGUAGUAUUCCAAACCCCUGCUUAACACAGCGCUCAAAGCAAAAUUUCUAUAGUUAUCAUCAAUCCAGAC